AUGUGUUAUCUUUGACAUAAGAUCUUAGGAAUGUUUACAGUAUGUGUGUGUGUGUAUUCAGUUGUAUGCAGAAGCAAUGAUAGACCUGUGAAAAUUUUAUAGUUUCGUUAGUUUAUUUUCCGGUUGUUAAACAGUAACAAACACUUACAAAGCGAGAUGAUUGCGUUGGAGUGUCGUUUUAGACAAGUAACAGGAUUGCUACUUCGUAGAUGUUAUGCGAGCUGGUUUGGGACCUCUGAGAAGGCUACCGAAUAUGGAAAUGUUGUGGACGGCUUGAAGACUGUGUACAGCAUGAAGUUAUUGCCUCUGGAAAAGAAAUAUUUAUUUCACGAAUUUCAUUCACCACAAUUAUUCGAUUCGGACUUUGCUGCGAAGCCUCUGAUACUCCUCAUGGGCCAGUACUCGACUGGUAAAACAACAUUCAUUCGGUACAUCUUGGGCUCUGACUUCCCGGGUAUGAGAAUCGGCCCAGAGCCUACGACGGACAGGUUCGUAGCUGUCAUGCAUGGCAGUGAAGAGCAAGAAAUACCAGGGAAUGCAUUAGUUGUAGAUCCGAAUAGACAGUUUAGGCCUCUGGCAAGGUUUGGCAACAACUUUCUGAACCGAUUUCAAUGUUCACUGAUAAAUUCUGAUGUUCUGAACUAUGUCUCAUUUGUGGACACACCAGGAAUUUUAUCAGGUGAAAAGCAGCGCGUGAAUAGAGGUUACGAUUUUGACGGUGUUCUACACUGGUUUGCAGAACGUGUCGAUCGAAUAAUUUUAUUGUUUGAUGCAAAUAAGUUAGAUAUUUCUGAUGAAUUCAGAAGGUGCAUAGAUAUUUUGCGUUCGCAGGAUGAAAAAAUUAGAAUUGUUUUGAAUAAGGCAGACCAAGUGAAUCAGCAACAGCUGAUGAGAGUGUAUGGUGCUUUGAUGUGGUCACUAGGAAAAAUUCUUAACUUCCCAGAAGUAGCACGUGUUUAUGUAGGUUCAUUCUGGGACAAACCUCUUCUCCACGAUGAAAACAGAAGGUUGUUUGAGGAUGAAACAAGGGACCUUUUCCUCGAUUUGAGAUCACUGCCGAGAGAUGCGAUACUGAGGAAAAUUAAUGAUCUGAGCAGACGAGCACGUCUUGCAAAAGCACAUGCUUGUAUCAUUGGAGAAUUACAGCAACAAAUGCCUGCCUUCUUUGGCAAGGACAAGAAGAAGCAAGAGCUCAUAGACAAUCUCCCACAGAUUUAUGCCACACUACAAAGCAAGUACAUGAUAUCAGCUGGAGAUUUCCCAGACAUAGAAAAAAUGAAGGUCUUGCUGAACUCUGCGAACUUCGACAGAUUUGAGGGCAUAACACCCAGCCUCCUGAGGUCUGUUGAUGACAUGCUGGCAAAAGAUAUAUCUAAGUUCAUGUCAAUGUUGGCAGCAGAGAAAAUUGAAGAAGAAAAAUUGGGAUCCAAAAAGUUUAUUCACGGAGGUGCAUUUGUGAGUGUCGUCGACACAGAAAAUCCGUUCAGUGAGAGAGAAGGUAUCAGGCAAGGCUUAGGAGAAAAGGAAUGGGUUGUUGAAAAAUUUCGGAGCCAGUAUGAUGACACGUUUGAUAAUCUGAAGCCACAGCACGGAAAGCUGACAAAAACAGAUGUGAAGGACGAGCUACGGAAGUCAAAGCUUCCGAGCCAUAUCUUGAAUAGUAUAUGGUUACUGGCAGAUGUGGACAAGGAUAAUAUGCUCGACAAAGACGAAUUUGCUUUGGCGAUGUAUCUCGUGAGGUUGAAGGCAGACGGUCACAAUUUGCCUGAAACGUUGCCAGAACAUUUGAUACCACCAUCGAAACGUUUAGCAAACAAUGUUGAAAGCAGGGCAGAAAUUCCAAACAAAAUAUAACUGUGAAACACAUGCCCGUAUUGAGAAAAAUUACUGUGUUCCUAUUGUACAAAGGAGUAGAUAACUGUGAGAAUUAUUUUGUAAGAUUGUUUGUGACCAUUGCUUUCUGUAAAUGUAAAAUCUCAUCUGGUUGUACCCAAUGUAAAAUGUUAUGCCAGUUUCUUUGCUGAAAUUCUUACAGGUUUGCUAUGUGAUACUCAAUUGUCGACAAAUUAUGCUAUCUGUGAUUGAUGUAAGUAGCUACUUAAAUUUCCUGUUGUUAUCUGUUUUUGUAACAUAUAAAAUUUUUCAGCUGUUCCUUAUUCAGAAAAUACUCGAGAUAAUCCCACACUCAUUUGAUGUGUAGCAAACAAGGCAUUUCAAUGCAUGUCACUUUUCCUGUUUUUUACUUUUUGAGAAUUGUUCUGUGUUGCCAGUACCUAGUCUUCCUUCGUUACUUUGUCAUUUUUAUUACUUUAUGCUUGUGAUUUUUACUUCACUUAUUCUUUAUAAAAAGUAUCUCUCUCUCUCUCUCUCUCUCUCUCUCUCUCUCUCUCUCUCUCUCUCUCACACACACACACACACACCUCUCUUCCCCCACUGAUUUGUUGGAUGAAUUUGUUGCACACAUUUGGUUGUAGCACUUGCGACUUGACUUGUGCUCUUUGUUGUGUACAUACUAUAUACUUAUUUCCCACUUGGAAGUGUAUUGUCUUCAUAUUGGCUUUAAUAAUUUUUUCAUAAAUAUUUUUGUGGAUGUAAUGUACUGCAGCAGACUCGCAGAAUGUGUGUGUGUGUGUGUGUGUGUGUGUGUGUGUGUGUGUGUGUGUGUGUGUGUGUGUGUGUGUCAGAAAUGGAGGGGGGGGGGGGGGGGGGGGUGGUGAGAGAGUUAGGAGGGAUUGAUUUGUAAAUGAUCAAACCCACAUUGCCAUGAAUUACAGUACACCAGAGUAAAACAUUGUCUAUUGACUUCACCUGAUUUUACUUUACAGUUUCACAGCAGAAGAGAUCAUUAAAUAGGCUGUAGAAAUUUUUGAUACUGAUGGUGCAGUGUUGUACAUUUUAAUAUGCAGAACAGGACUGAAUUACAGAUAGUUCAUUCAUUUCAUAUUUAUAAUUACAGUGUUCACUGAAAACUAUUUCCAAACAAGAAAAUUUUUAAAAUUAGUCCAUGUUAUUUACCAUCAUAACUAUCAAAUAUUUAAUACUAAACAAUCUAUUUUGUAUAGAAAAUGAGUUUAGCAGUAGAUGGUAGAAAUUUUAUCCACGUUGAUUUUAUUAUACACCUUUCCUUAUUUAUUCAUGAAAAUGUGUACAGUAUUAAUAAAUUCUUGCCACAAUA